AUGGACUCCGUCAAGAACAAAGUCUACGCCGUAACCGGCCUCGCCGGGAUAGGCCUAGCCGUAGCCCGCCAACUGCACACCCAAGGCGCCCACCUCGCCCUCGCAGACCUAAGCCCCAAAGUCCUUGAAACAGCCUUGCAAACAAUCCAAGCCGACUCCAGCACCGCAUCAACCUCAACAAUCACCACAACGGUCCUCGACAUCGGCAAUGUCUCAGCUGUAAACGACUGGAUUGCCGCCACAGUCUCGCACUUCGGCCGUCUGGACGGCGCGGCCAAUAUGGCCGGCACGAUUGGCAAGGUGCACGGCACGGGCAAAUUCGUCGACCAGGAUGAUGCGGAGUGGGAUAUGUUGAUGCGGGUGAAUGUUACGGGGCUUAUGUAUUGUUUGCGGGCGCAGCUGAGGGCGAUUGCGCAGAGUGCGCCUGGUGGGAGGGGGAGUAUUGUUAAUGCGUCGAGUAUUCAGGGGUUAAUGGGGUUUGCGUUGCAUGCGGCUUAUUCGACGACUAAGCAUGCUGUUUCUGGGUUGACGAAGUCGGUUGCCAAGGAAGUUGGGCCGGAAAUUAGGGUUAAUGCGGUUGCGCCUGGGAGUAUUCAGACGCCGUUGCUUGAUUUGGCGAAGGAUAUUCAGGGAGGGAUGGAUGCGCCACCGGCUGCUAUUGGGCGUGUUGGGACAGCGGAGGAGGUUGCACAGACGGUUGUAUUUUUGCUUAGUGAUGCUGCGUCGUAUACGACUGGGCAGAUUGUCAGUGUGGAUGGUGGAUGGGAUUGA